GGAACCAAUUCCAAAGGAUGGUGAGCCUAACCUCAAAAAUCUCUCUCCAAAGUUUCAGAGUAGAGUUGAAUGAUUUGCACAAAGAAGCAGAUUAUGUAUUGCUGAAAAGUCCAUAUCUAUCUCAUCUGAAACUGUGAAUAAGAAGGAAGUCAUAGCAAUAACAGGACAAGAAAAGAGAAGCUGAUCAUGGAUUAUCUGACCAUUGAAGCUGAGGAAGAAGUCCUUCCAGCCAUUAUCGCUGAGGAUGCCUCUCUGCCCCAAAAACAGAACACAGAAGAAAUGGAACCUACUGUUGAGCUACUUCCUGUUGAGUUCCAGGAAUUGGUGACAGUCAAGGAUGAGGAAAUGGACUUCACUCAUGUAGAAGAAGAACAGCUGAAUUCUGCCCAAAGGUACAUGGGCAUGGAUAUGAAAGUGGAGAAUUGUGGGAGCCUGGUAUUUUGGGAUUCUGAAUCUAUACCUGAAACUAAAGAAUACUUUCCAAAGCAGGGACUUUAUGAUGAAAUGUCAUCUGAAAGAGAUCUGAUAAUGGAGAGACUUAAGAAGGAUGAGACUUGGGACUCCAGACUGAUAGAAACCUGGCAAUGCGAAGACACAUUAGAAAGGCGGCAAGGAAAUCCGAAGAAAGAUUUAAGGCAAAUCAUAAUUAAACGCAAGAAAACCCCUGUGGAGGAUUGUAAUGAAACUGGUGAAAGUUCAAGCCCAAUUCAACAUCACAUUUACUCAGUGAAAAAGCCUUGGAAGUGCAAUGAAUGUGGGAAGGGCUUCAGUUACUACUCAGCCUUCAUCCUCCAUCAGAGAAUUCAUACUGGAGAGAAGCCUUAUGUGUGUAAUGAGUGUGGAAAGGCCUUCAGUCGGAGCUCAUCACUUAUUCAGCAUCAGAGGAUUCACACUGGAGAGAAACCGUAUGAGUGUAACGAGUGUGGGAAGGCUUUCAGUCAUCGGUCAGCUCUUAUCCAACAUCAUAUCAUUCAUACUGGAGAAAAGCCCUACGAGUGCAAUGAAUGUGGGAAGGCCUUCAACCAAAGCACAUACCUUAUUCAACAUCACAGAAUCCAUACUGGAGAGAAACCCUAUAAAUGCAAGGAAUGUGGGAAAGCUUUCAAUGAUACCUCAUCCCUUAUUAAACAUCAAAGGGUUCAUACUGGAGAAAAACCCUAUGGAUGUACAGAGUGUGGGAAAGCCUUCAGUGACAGGUCGGGCCUCACUCAACAUCAGAGAACUCAUACAGGGGAAAAGCCAUAUGAAUGCAGUGAAUGUGGGAAAGCCUUCAGUUACUGUUCAGCUCUUAUUCAACACCAAGGAACCCAUACUGGGGAGAAACCUUACAAAUGUAAUGAAUGUGGGAAAGCCUUCAGUGACCGCUCAGCUCUUGUAAGACAUCAGAGAAUUCAUACUGGAGAGAAACCUUACAAAUGCAAAGAAUGCAAGAAAGCCUUCAGCCAGAGCUCAUCUCUUACAAAGCACGUGAGAACUCAUACUGGAGAGAAACCGUAUAAAUGCAAUGAUUGUGACAAAGCCUUCAGCCAGAGUUCAUCUCUUAUUCAACACCAGAAAACCCAUACGGGAGAAAAACACUACAAGUGUAAGAAAUGAUUUUGCACGUGGGGGUCUGGAAGCUUCAUCUCAGGGGUCCUCCAGGGAACCAUAUGCCUCCAGACAGGACCUAAAACCCCAUAUCCAACUACAGCUGCCAAACUCACCCUCCUCUGCCUCCUCUGAUUGGGGAUCUCAGCUGGCGCUGUCCAUGCCCGUGGCGAGAUUGGUGGGACUAUAUACAUUUCCCCAGGUGAGUGAUCUGAAGCUCAUUUUCAUUUUAUCACUCUUUACCCACCAACGUGACCAACCUCCUUGCAGGUUCAACCCAAAGUCGCAGUGCAGUCCCACUCAAAAUGUAAAUGAGUACACACGCAUUCCUCCUGAACCUGGCAAACAUUUUCCUGUGAUUCACUUUCCUACUUCAUAGAGUUGUCAUGUAGACGCUGUAAAUUAAUUCAUGUAAAGCACAUGGAAAAGUCCCCUGGCACACAGGAAUCCUCAAUAAGUUCCAAGAUAUUAUCUAUUAGUUUCGGUCACUAAAUAAACUUUCAGUAAAAACAUGUAAGUGAUUUUAAGGGAGUACCAUCAUUGGCGAAGAAGUAAAAUGCAGCAUUCAGGUAACCAGACAAGUGGUUGGUGAUAACUUUGUUUACAGUUUUAAGGAAGAAACGAAAAAUUUUUGAGAGUCAUGGGAAUGAACUGAGAGGCAUGGGAAAACAGCAAAAAGAAGUUCAAGGAAAUAAUCAAACUAUACAAGAGAACGAGAUAUUGAUGAACAGAUGUUCAAGCCAGCAAAAGCCUAGAAUCUUCAUGUAUUUGCUGAAAGGAGCUGAGUAAGGAGUCACUUAAAUGAUUUAAUCUGAGUCUAGUCCCCCUGGAGAACAUGACUGUACAUGACUGCUUAGACUUCCCAUGUAUACAUACUUGCUGAGUACAGGUGUUCAUACAAAAUGAUGCAUACUGUACUUUUGGGGUAAGGUAAAGGAUUUUACAGGAAUAAUUUCAAAGUCAUUUGAUUUAGCUUACCAUCUAAUUUCAGAACCUACCCUCCACUGAUGUAUUUUCACAAUAAAUAGAAUAUUUGGGGAAUGAUAAGAUGAUGGGUUUGGCUGGAUUAUGACAGAAAAGGCAUGACUCAUAUUGAGAGGAUCCUGAACAUUAGGAUAAGAAAUAUGGGUGGGGGGGCACGCCUGGGUGGCU